UUUGCCACAACAGAAGUCCUCAAUUUCAGCUUCAAUGCGGUCCCUUCCCUCCAGAUCAACUUCUCUGAACUGGAUUCUCUUUUCUACUUGGACAUAACAAGGUGUCAGAUCAGCUGGGAGUAUGAUGGUGCCUUUCCCAGCAACAGGCAGCUGAAGACAGUAAUUCUGACCAGAAACCUGCUCAUGUUUCUGUCUGCCACAGCAUUUGCUGGCCUAUAUUCCCUGGGGCAUCUUUAACAGACAGGAAUAACAAGUAUGUUCUUUAUUCCAAUGACAAAUCUUGGCAAUCUUAGGUAUCUUCAUUUGGGCAGCAACCACAUCUCCUCACUGCAGCUUCCUCCCAACUUUCCCACACGACACCUCACACUCCACUUUCACAUUAACAACACACAAGCAAUCUCAGCAGAAGGUGUCCAAGCUCUGCAGAAGAACAGACGCACACCUCUCAUCCUUAAAGGCAAAGACAUUCCCUACACUGAACCUGGAUCUUCUCAGUCACAUUUCUACAGUUUGGACUUAGUGAGCUGUGCUGACAUCCCUGGGGCCCUGGUGGGGAUCCAGGACUCCACAGCUCAGACCUUUUGGCUGGGAACAUUUUAUGGCGUGGAAAAGGAGCCCUACAUAACCCCAGAUAUUUCACAAGGCCUCUGUAGUGUCUCUGUCAAGGGUCUCUAUCUGCAGUUAUGGCACCUCAGAAAUCUAAAUGCUGACACAUUUCAGAGCUUAACCAGGCUCCAAAAGCUGGACCUAACCCAACCCCACAUCCAUGCACUGCCCCCUGCCAUCAGUGGCAUGAGCUUGCUGGAGGAGAUGGUUCUCAAUGCAAGCUGCUUUGAGCAGCCCUACACCAGCUCUGCUGCCUUCCCCUCCCUCACCCACCUCCACAUCCAGGGAAACUCACAGGUUCUGCAGCCAGGCUCUGGCUAUUUGGAGAAACUGGCAAAGCUUCAACAUAUAGAUUUAAGCCAGAGUCACUUAGAAAGUUGAUGCUCUAGCGAAGCGCUGAGAGCUUUGAGCAGACUUUGUUAGCAGAAUCUGAGCCACAACAUACACCUCCAUCUCCAGGAAUGCUCAUAGGACAGUGCUAGCCUAGAGCUGCUUCACUUACCCUUCACUCCUCUCUAUGUCAACACCUUACAGAGCCCUUUCCAAAAUCUCCAUCUCUAGCAAGUGCUAGAUGAUCUUUCCUCAUCCCACAUUAAUACCAGCAUUCAGCAUGUCUUUCAAGGUUUGAACCUCAUGUUCUUGGACCUUAGUCAAAAUAACUUUGAUUUGGGGAUCAUGCCAAAGGACAAACUGUUCCAACUACUAUCCAGUUUAGAGGUGCUAAUCCUGAAUGCAUCCUGUGAACUAACAUCAGUAGAUAACCAAGUAUUUCACAACCUCAGGAAGUUACAGCAUGUAGAUCUGAAUUACAACAAGUUUACUGCAUUCAGCACAGAUGCAUUUUCAAAUCCCAAGAGUAUCAAUCUCAGUUGUGUCCAUAACAGGACGCACACUGUAUCAAAUGUCCAGCUAGUGCCCCUAGAUGGCCACUUGAUAAUCAAUUUAAGCUACGACCUUCUGGACUGCGCCUGCUCUAAGAUUGAUUUAAUCACUUAGUACAAGCAAUAUCUGAAUAAAAUUGAAGACCCUGAAAGAACAAGGUGCUCUGAACUUAAAUUUCUAGCUGGGUUCAGCUGGCCACCAUCUGACUCUCCUGUGGGAAGGACACAUCAGGAAUCAUUGCAGUUGUUUAUCCUGUAG